CCCACAGAAAGUUCGCGAAAUAUUGGUCAUCAUCUUUUAGCAGAGACGCCUGCUGCUACAUCAAUCGUAUAAUCUUCUUGUUAUAUGACAAUGGCGGAAUCCAUGUUGUAUAAGAAGAAAUUAGAAGGCAAAGUGGCCAUAGUCACAGGCGGUGCUAGUGGCAUCGGGGAGGCGACCGCACAUGUUUUUGCCAAGCAUGGUUCACGUAUGGUGGUGAUUGCUGAUGUCCAAAAAGAAGUAGGCCAGCAGGUGGCCAAAUCCAUUGGCUUGAACCAUUCCGCAUACAUCCAUUGUGAUGUUACUGAUGAAGAGCAGGUCAAAGCCGUGGUAGAAUGGACGGUCAAGAACUAUGGGCAGCUUGACAUCAUGUUUAGUAAUGCAGGGAUUUUUAGUAGGUCGGAUCAGACCGUACUUGACCUGGACUUAUCGGCCCUUGACCAUCUAUUUGCGAUCAAUGUGCGCGGCACGGCCGCAUGUGUAAAGCAUUCAGCACGUGCUAUGGUUGAAAGGGGUGUGAGGGGGACCAUCGUGUGCACCGCAAGUAUAGCAGCAAGCCGAGGUGCAUUCCAAAAAACCAAUUACUUUAUGUCAAAGCACGCAGUGCUUGAGCCUGUUCGAUCCGCAAGCAGGCAGCUAAGGGAGCAUGGUGUUCGGGUGAACUGUGUAUCACCCGUUGUAGUUGCAAGUCCAAUGUCAUACAGUGCAUUUGGAAUGGAUGCAAAGCAGUUGCAUGAGGCAUUUGAGCCGCGUUCAAGCUUAAAAGGUGUUGCACUGAAAGCGGAACAUGUGGCGGAUGCUGUACUCUUUCUUGCGUCUGAUGAUUCUGGAUUUGUCAAUGGGCAUGACCUAUUGGUUGAUGGGGGCUGGCUUGACACUAAUACUACCGUCUGGAGAUGAAAACAAAUGCUUUAA